CUCCCGCGUGUCAUUCGUGCGUGCGGCCAGUGGGUUCCGGCAGCAGCAGCAGAAUCGUCGCGACGUUCCUCGUCCUCUAGCUCGUCGCCGCAGCCCUAAUCAUCGGUACAAGCUGACAGUGACGAGGACGACGAGUGAGGUUCCAUCGGCCCGCUCACGAGCGUCGCCGAUGACCACGCGACUCGGCCGAGGUGACGAGGAGGAGGGCCUGGCCGCCUACCGCGCUAGCCUGAGAGAGAGGGCCACCUUCAGCCUGGAUCUACAAGGCAGCACGUUGGAGGAGCGAGCCAAGGACCCACUGGACACAUCCCACACUGAGGAUGAGUGGGCCCCCCUCACGGCAACUCCAAAAGUCCAGUGGCAAGAGCUGAGGCAUAGCGAUGCUGUCACUCAGCUGCGAACCCUGCUACGCAAGCAUGAAAACCAAGAAUUGCCAUUUUCCUCCUCACCUGGUUCAUCACCCCAAAAGGACCAUGCAUCUGGAUUCCGAGAAUCGGACAUAAACGUGCCAACGGUGGAUGAGCUUGUGCCAAUCAUCCACCGGCAGGCAGAGUAUGUACAGCACCUGGAGGCUCAGGUGCAAUUUUGCAAAGAGGAGCUGUUGGGGAUGAAGCAGCGAGUGAAGGUCGUUGUGCUGGAAAAUGAAAAUCUUCGCGAUGAACUGAAGGGGGAAUCUGUGCAAGAAAGUCUAUCGGAUCAUGCAGAAAAUUACGUGCUGGAUGAGGUACAGUUACCGCGUUCCCAAUCCAACGAGCUUCCCAAGCGCGUGGCAGAUGAGAAAACAUCAAACACAAAGCGAAGCCCCUCCCACACUGCCGCUUCCUCCGUGGCCACCGCGAUUCAGCAGGAACAAUGGAAGUUAGAGCUGGAACGGCUAAAAGCUUUACACGAAGCCAGAACCCAGACCAUGGAGGCUCAGAUGAAUUCAUUACGGAUGGAUCUGUCGGAGUCCCAGCGCAAGUGUGAAGAGUUUCGGCUCAAGCUGCGGCAGCAGGAGGGACCUGGAGGCGGAGUCCCCGGGGGGCUGUGUGUGAAGUGUGCCCAGCACAAGGCGGUCUUGGCACACACGCACAGUGACGCGCACGUGCAGACCAUAGGCAGGCUCACAAAGGAACGAGAUGAGCUGAUGGACACCUUGGCAGGGCUGAGAUGCACUGUAAGUGAGCUGCAGCGGAGGGAAGCUGCCGCCUGCGAGCAGGUCAAAGCCACUUUGGAGACAGCCGAGGAAGCCAACCUGGAGAAAGCCAAGAUGGCAGUGGAGUGUGAACAGAUUCGGUCGGAGCUGAGCCGGCAGAAAGAGCGGCUCGGAAAGGAGCUGUCCCUCCUUCAGGAACGGAUCGUGCUUGCCCGCAAUACGGCCCACAAUGAGGCUGGAAAGGAGAAGGAGGCGUUGGAUUCUACUGUGAAGUUUUUGUCUGAAAAAGUAGGCACCCUGGAGGCGCAACUGGAGCGGUUGGCCCGAGAGAAGGGAGCCAUUGGCGAGCAGCUGGAGGAGGCACAGAAGCAGCUCACGGCUCACGAGACCGACCUCAGCAAGAUGUGUGGAGAGAUGCGCUUCCAGCUAAACCAGGCAAAACUACGCAAGGACGAGGCAGAGAAAGAACUCAAAGAAUACAGAAUGAAAGCAAUGCGGCAGAUGGAUGUGAAAGAGCAGGAGGUUGAGCGGCUGGAGAUGGAGUUGGCGGAGCUGCGGCGGCGGCUGGAGCGAGCGGAAGGCGAGGCUGCACGUGCCGGGGAUGAGCGCAUACAGCUCACGCACCGGCUGGGCACGGCCGAACAGCAGUUCCAGGUCGCCAGGAUGGAGAAAGAAUCUCUGCAGAGACGCAUCGCCGACGACUCGAGGAGCCUGCGCACGCAGGCUGAGCAGCGAGAGCAAGAGCUGAUUGCACACAUCCAACUCUCCGAGAGCCAGCACCGGGAGAGAGUGGGUGAAUUGGAGGCACUUGCAAGCUCUCAAAAUGCUUUGCUGAAGCAGCUAAAAGAUGAAUGCAAGCUCCUUUCUGAGAAGCUCGGUGGAAUGAACGAGAAGCGCCGGGCAGAGGUGGCCCAGCUGAGCCAAGAGAAUGGCGAGUUGCACGAGCGGCUCGCGCGCACGCGCCAGCGAGCGGACGAUCUGGAGUCGCAGUGCGUGCAGCAUGGCCGAAUCCACGAGCGAAUGAAGGAGCGGUUGCAACAGCUGGACAUGCACAGUCAGGCGAGUGUGCGCCAGGUGGUGGAGCUGCUCGGCAAGCAGGGAGCCCUGCUGCACGAACGCCAGCUGCUCUCCCACGAGACGCACUUCCUGAAAACCCAGCUGAACUUUUCCAAAGCAGAUAAAUGAAGAUGAAGCCAUCACACAAAGGAGUUUGGCUUAAUAUCCAUGUGUGGUCCACUGUAAGUUUGUCCAUGAUGUACCAAUGUUAAAUGAUUUUUUAAAAGGUGGAAGGUUUUGUUUCCAAAUUAAAAAUAUAUAUAUAGUGAGGGGGAAGGGGGGGGUAGCAUACAAAAUAUAUUUUUCCAUGAACUAAUCUUGAGAUUGCUUUUUUUACCAUGUCUUUAUAUAUGUUUUUUUUAAGGCAUGGCAACUUGUCAUGAUAAAAACCAUACAUGCAAUACAUUUGUAUAUGAUUGUCUAUUAUUUACUACAGCAUUCAUCACUUAAUAGUUCAUACAUUACCCGACUCUGUGAAAAUGCAAAAUUGGAGUGUAGCACACGUCAUGAGGUACGUAAUAUUUUUUUAUUUAAGCGUCUGAAAAAAAAACAAAUCAUUUGUGCAAUGAAACUUCAACUACAGUUUUACAGCAUACAAAGCUUCACUGAUAGGCCAGUGCCUCUGGUAAGGGGGAGAAGGAGGGGGGGUCCCAGUACACUUACCCCAGACAAACUGUGAUUAGUACACCAGGUGAAGCUAUACCAUACAGAACAUAAAUCUGCUUAAGUCCUGUGAAAGAAAGCUCCGUCAAUGAAAACAUCCCAGCUGCAGCUGAUGACUGUCCAUGGAAUGGGUGGAAAAUAUCCAAUGCGUGGAAAGGCCUCCUCCAUCCUGGCCUGCUUUGCACAAUUCGUUUUUGUUAAGGAAUAAAAAGACAGAUGAAAGUCCUGCAGCAUUAUUUCAUUAGAGGCACUAAUUGACAUGAGCUCUCCGAUUUCUACAGUACAAUGUAGAAAAUAUAAAAUAACCUCAAAUAAACCACGUGCAUUUGUUACAGUAGUUUUUAUUGCUUUCAUGACCUGACCUUGUCAUUCAUUGAUCUGGCUUCUAGGGCUAUGCUAGUGAAUUGAGAAAAAUGGCUUGCUUUACUAUUCUACAGUAUAUUCACAAAUGUAGGAACUACGGUAUUAGUAUUUUAGCAGAAUUAUAGUUUACUAGUCGCAGCAAAACUAAGGCAAUGAAAAUGACUAAGUCACUUUCACUUUUUAAACAUUCACUUUUGCUGGCUUUCUUACAUCAAUUCGUGCACAGGGUACCAAUUAGUAAAAAAAAAAAUCACCUUUAAUAUCAGAAUUGUUAAAUAUUCCAUGUCGCGCUCGCGUGCCGUUCAUACGGCAGAAUCUUCAACAUGAUUUGUCAAAUACCUAAAUAUUACCACAGCGUGGAAGUGUUUAGAAAUGCAGCCGACUGCAUUGUAGAACUUGAAAUUCAUAAACAAAAGCAGGUUUCAUAAAAUAAAAUGAAUGUCCCUUUUUCUACAUUUUCACUAAAACGGAUGAUAUGUACAUGCAAGUCUUUUUUUUUGUACAAGAAAGAUUACAAGCAGUGGGUUUUUUUUUAAUUGUAGCAGCAAACCUUUACAGAAAAGAGAGGUUAAAAAACAACAGGUUCACUAGACCUGGGCACUUUGGAAAAAGGAGGAAAAAAUCUCGAUGUGAUUUAAAAUACAAUUAAAAAUUGAUCCAUACUGAG